AUGUACCGCAGCACAUAUCAGCGACCCUCUACCGUGGCCGACACUGCGGCUUCCGACAAAGCCGCUGCGCAGGCCUCAUCUGGAGCUACGCCUUCUGCGGCCGCUGCAGCUACAGCGCGCGCACGAGAGGACGCGUCGCUCUUCGGCUCCGAGUCUUCGGACAUCGCGUUCCCGGACACCCCAGCGCUCCCGUUCUGCUUCGCGUCCGCGCUCACGUUCGGCCUCUCGUUCGCGUUCGCGCUCGCCCCCACGCUCGCCCUCCUUGGCGUCGGCGCGUUCGGCCGGCUCAGCGCGUUCGGCGCACUCGGCGGGGCCGGUGCACUCGGCGGGGUCGGCGGCCUCGCGUCACUCUUCUCCUGCACGGCCGACGCACACCUCGCCGAGGGGCCGUGCGGCAGUCGGAGCUGGACCGGGCCCAGGUCGUCCCGCGCCUCGUCCUCGAACACCGCUUCCAGCGACUCGGCGGGGAGUGCUCCUGCGGCGCCCUUCUUCGAUCCUGUGAUUCCGCCUGCCGGAACUCCGUCUGGCUGGCGGCAGCCUCGCUACGCUCCUUGGCCCAAGCGGGUACGACGUCUCCGCCUUCAUCUCAUCACAGCGCAGGAGUUACGAACGCUCUUCCUGCCGCCGUCCGGCUGGAUCAUUCCACGCCGUGUUCCCCCCGCGCCUGCGAACUGGAACCGCGCCCUCGUGACUCCGGCCAACGUCGAAGCACUAUACGCGACUCGGCCAUGGCGGUACCUCGCUCAAGCCGCUGAGGCGCAUCUCUUCGCAUCCGGCGACGCGGCGUUCCGCCCGUUCCUACGUCGGCUCCGGCACCACAUCGAGCACUAG